AUGGCUAAAAUGAAUCUCAUGUCUCAGGGCAUUGCUUUAUCCCUCUCAUCUCAUGAAACGCUAAUUACGCAAUGCAGGGAAGAUGUUAAUUGUCUCCGUGUAGAAAACAAGACUCUCCAAGAUAAAGUCUGCCUGCUGGAACAACAAAUGCAUUCAAAUGCCACUACCUUAGUCCAAGAGAUAGCAUCGGAAUCUCAAGAACGCAUUACACGUGAAAAAAAUGUGCUGAUUAUGGGUCUUCCAGAAAGCUCCAAUCUGGAGGAAGAUAAAACACGCAUUAACUCUUUAAUAAAACUUACCAACCCGUCCUUAGAUCUGAAAUAUCUUAAAAUAAUGCGCCUUGGCAAGGAGAAAUCCCUUAAUAAAGAAAGGCCCAUUAAACUUGAACUUAACACAAAAGAGUCAGCUAUGCACCUAAUUAAAACACAAAAUCUGAUUAAACAAAACCAGCACUUUACUUCAGUUUCCAUAAAAUCUGAUCAAACUAAAAUACAACUUAACUACCUAAAAACACUUCAAGAAUAGCUGGAAUCUCGAAAAGAAAAACGAAGAAAUUAACAUUACAAUCAAAUACAUCAAGGGCUGUCCGAAAAUCGUACUCGUAGAUGACAAAAACGUCAAAAAAAGAAAUCGUGAUGAGCAGAUUUCACCAAGGGGAAACUACAAAGCUUCAAAAAACUAAUGCAAACUGUAUUCUGGAACUGCCAAGGCUUCAAAAACACAGAAGAACUAAUGGAAAACUUACCCCUCGAUUAUCUUGGAGUCCUCUGCUUGUCCGAAACAUGGCUUCAAAAAACCCCUACAAAC